AAAAAAGCUGCAUUGAGCACGUUUUUUUUUUUUUUUUUCUAUUUUUCAACAGUGUCCCAAACUUGGCCGUUUUUUUUUAUUCUCUGUUUUUCCCCUCCACCCUUUUGUCAAAACAGAAAUAAAGGAUAUCAGUAACAAUGGAGACCUUCUCUGUGGAAAUAAAUACAGCAGCCGUACCUGGUGAAGGUCCUGUUCAUCGCUCUAUUCUGUCACCUCAUCAGCUCGUGGCCACACCUGCCGAUGGUGUCAACACUUUAUGCGAUGUGCUCAACUAUGCCGCGACACACUAUCCCGAUCGCCAUGGGUUUGGUUACCGAUCAUUAGAAAACACCAUUACCAAAGAAAAAAAAGUAACCAAGAUCGUCAACGGCGUAGAAAAGGUGGAAAAGAAAAAGUGGACCUAUUUUCAAUUAAGCGAUUACAAAUAUUGUACUUAUAAAGAAGCAAAAGAGACUGUUCAAUGGAUCGGUCUUGGCUUGAUCAAACUGGGUAUGAGAAAAGGAGAUAAAGUACAACUCUCUGCUUCCACAAGUCUUGAAUGGAUGUUUUUGGCCCAUGGCGCUUUUUCUCAAGCUUUGACGAUUGUGACGGCCUAUGAUACCCUAGGUCCAGAGGGCCUGCAACAUGCUCUUCGUGAAUCAGAAGCGAAUGUCUGUUUUAUCAAUGGAGAACAACUGUCCAUGCUUCAUCACAUUGCUUCUGACUGUCCAUCCAUUACCUCCAUCAUCUAUCGAGGAGAAGCCAAGCCAGCGGAUAGGGACGCCUUACGAGGCAACCCACACAUCAAGCAUGUUCUCUCGUAUGAUGAGCUCGUUCAGCUCGGCAAAGAGAACGCUGAGGACGACGACAACAAGCCAUCACGGAAUGAACCCUUAUCGACCGACUUGUGCUGUAUUAUGUAUACGAGUGGUAGUACAGGGAACCCAAAAGGCGUCAUGUUGACCCACGGUAACAUCGUCGCUGCCAUUGCCGGUGUCUGUCGUUUGUUGCAGCACCAUUUACAAGCCAACGACACCAUGAUGGCCUACCUGCCUCUGGCCCACGUCUUGGAGUUUCUCGUAGAAAACCUGUGCAUCUUUUUGGGCGUGACCCUCGGCUACGGCAGCAUCCGCACCCUGACGGAUGCGUCCGUGAUCCACUGCAAGGGCGACCUCCAGGCGUUUGCCCCCUCCAUCAUGACGGGUGUGCCGCAGGUCUGGGAGACGAUCAAAAAGACCGUCUUGGCCAAAGUGGCCGAACGAGGGUCGCGUGUCGAACGGGUCUUUCACGGUGCGGUGUGGAUGAAAAAGACGCUGGCAGGCUACGGUUUACCGGCCGGCCUCCUCGACACCGUGGUGUUUAACAACGUCAAGAAACAGCUGGGUGGACGUCUGCGUUAUUGCCUGUCGGGCGGUGCCCCUGUCUCGGCUGCCACGCAGGAGUUUUUGUCCGUGACCGUCUGUCCCAUUCUGCAGGGUUACGGCAUGACGGAAAGUUGCGGCAUGUGUGCCAUCAUGGCACCCGAGCAGUACGCCCUGAAUGAAGUAGGCGCACCUGUCCCGUGCGUCCAAGUCAAAUUAGUGGACCAUCCUGAGCUCGGCUACACCUCGGCGCAUUCGCCCCGUCCCCAAGGAGAGAUCUGGAUGCGCGGUCCUUCCAUCACCGCCGGCUAUUACAAACAAGACGAGCUCACCAAGGAGGCCCUGACCGAGGAUGGCUGGCUGAAAACAGGCGACAUUGGUGAAUGGACAGAACGUGGCACGCUGACCAUCAUUGACCGUGUGAAAAACUUGGUCAAACUAAGCAACGGUGAGUACAUUGCGCUGGAAAAGCUCGAAAGUGUCUACAAGUCGUCGGUGUUGGUCGAGAAUCUGUGUGUCUAUGCCGAUCCGUUGUAUGCAAAACCUGUCGCUUUGCUCGUUCCUUCCGAAAAGUCCCUCCUUCCGUUUUUGCAACAGCACGGUAGGAAGGAAGAAGACCUGACAAAGAUGGGUUGGGAACAACUGUGUGCUCAUCCAGAGACACGAUCCAUCAUUCUACACACCAUGCAAGAGCAUGCAAAGCAAGCAGGUUUGAAAGGAGCAGAAAUUAUUGCCGAUGUAUGGAUUUGCAAAGAUCUAUGGACCACCGAGAUGGGACUCUUGACAGCCGCUCAAAAGCUGAAGCGCAAGGAGAUUGUCAAAAUGUAUGACAAUGAAUUGAAGACCAUGCUUGCAGCUCAGAAAUAGGACGGAUGCUUUGAUUUUACUUUUUUUCCAACUCGUUUCACCACUGUUACUACUACUAUGACUCCUACACAACAUUCAUCAUCAUCAUCAGGUAUAUCUAUUCAUACCAAUCCUAUAUGCAUUGAUCUAUUCCCCCAUCUAUAAAAUCUCUGUUACUUUUUACAAAAGAAAAUAAAAAACUUGCAAAGUGGGUUAUCAAACAAAAAUAAAAAUAGCUAACGGUCCUUUUUUUUUUUGAUUUUUG